AUGUCCACAGCUCCCCGCGAGUCGACGGCGCUCAUUGUUGAGCUGCCAACUCGAACGGCGCUGGUCUGCUCGCCAGUCUCGCUGCCACACACGGUGGUCAUCACCAUCGACUGCUACACGGGCGCGCUGUCACACACGGGCACUUGGCUCGCGGACGUCUUUGCCACCGAGGAUGACGCGAUGGCCGCACUCGAGCUCGUCGAGCGAAGGCGACCAACGUCAACACGCCGUGUGAGUGCCUUAGCAGGGUACCUGGUGCAAGGAAAAUCAGCGCACUUACUUGUGAUUGACAAGGUUCGUACAUGGCAUCUGCUGGGUCACCACAUUCACUCUGUGGCCAAGGCAGCCUGGAUUACCAUUCCUCUGCGCCAUCUCAGCGCCAUCGCCAAGCGUGACAGUCAGGUUGUCGAUUUCGCGCUCAAGCGCUAUCCGCUGCUCGACACGCACUACUUUUGCGAGACUCUCGACAUUACGCGGCCAUUCCCAUCAACACAUCCAGUAACGGACCCAGAUCCAGCUUUUGUAUGGAAUACGUGGCUUGGUUCGCCAUUUAUCGCCCUUGGCAUGAGCCGCUGCUGUGUCGUCCUAUUGCAAGGCGUGGUGUCUGGCCGAUCUACCGCCCCUUCCAGUUCCUCGCCUAGCUCGCCAUUGCUCGCAUUCCACAUGAUCAUCAUGAGCCGGCAAAGUCGAUUGCAUCCAGGAACAAAACAAUUCGCUUGCGGUCUCAAUCACGCUGCAGAAUCAGGCAACGAGUCCGAGUGCGAGACGAUUGUGUGGUGCUCGGUUCCGCCGGCAUCGUCUGCAUCUACUUCAGACACGGUCCGCACGGCAUCCUUUUCUAGUGCACCCGUCGUGCCUUCCCAGCAGACCCCCAAUUCUCGCCGGUUGUCGGGCAGCUCGGUCGCCUCGUUGACGUUUGCCAAUCCUCGGACGUAUGUCGCCGAGGCCGAGCCGUGGCACCACACCGUUCUAUGGCGGUCCUUUGUGCUUCGCCGUGGCACAGUUCCCGUGUGGUAUCGUUUCGGACUGCGCGGUUCCGUCUUGCAAGACCCGACCACCCUUUUCAACCAGGCAAGCUCUGGUGCUGAUCGGCUGGUCAACGUUGUCGGUGGUGCAGCCGCGUCGUCCGGCAGCGUUGGAUCAACGAAUGCUGCUGGUACUGGCGGGAUGUCCGCUGGCACGGCCAGUGGGACGCAGAGCGCACAGGGCAGCUCGGCAUCCGGAUCUGCCAGCAACGCCGCAAGCGGGGGAUCUUCCUCGACCGGAAGCGGCAGUAACGCAAGUUCGAGCGCCUCUGGCAGCGGGUUGUCGGGCGCCGCAUCUCUUGCAGCAUUAAGCGCUAGUCUUGCCACGGAAAUCCGCGUGCGCGAGGAGGACUUUAGCGAAGGAGUGGAGCGGUACUUUUUGCGGCUCUGCGAACGUCUUCGUUGCAAGGAAGUUGUGUGCAUCGACCUGCUGCGCUCGGACGCGGAGAUACGCGAUUCCAGUCCUGCGGUCGGCGGCGGAAAUGUCAGCGAGCAACACCAAGCACUAUGCGAUGCCUUCAACGUGGCUGUGCAGGUGACUCGUUCGCGUGUUCGCAUGCGGAUUGAUGUCGCGCACUACGAUUGGCACGGCCACGUUGGAUCGGUUCCAGACGAAGGUCUGAUGGGCGGUCUGUGGAAUGCCGUUGGGUCGGCCGUGUUUGGGGCUGGCAUGAGCGGUGGUUCUGCCGAGCUUGUCGGCCAGCACGACGAAAUCAUUACUGCCGAGCCUGCACUUGCUCUGUCGGACGUGGUGGACGGCAGCCGAGCGAGUCAGAUGGAUUUGGACGACGCGCUGAAUUCGAGUACCUCCAUGUCCGUCGCGGCCCAGCCGUCGCUCGGCAUGUCGGGCGCGUUUUACAACGACGCGAGCAACUUAUCUCGCGGCGUGAAUGACGCUCAAUCGAGCAAUCGUACUCAUCCCAGUGCCGCCGGCGAUAUUCACGACACCUCGUUCGACAUUGGCGACAUUCGUGUUUAUGGUGCCAGCAGCAGCUCCUCGUCUGCUGCCGCAUCGUCCCACGCGACAGCGCAGGCUGCAUCAGGGUCGAGUAGCAACGCCUCGCCACAGUUCAGCACUGGCGUAUCGUCCCGUUCAAACAGCGAUGCGAGCGCGUACAGCUCGUUCUGGUCUUGGCGCAAACUCGAGCGUAAAAACCUGGACGCCAUGUCGUCCAACCCAAACACUGCCUUGCUGACGGUCGCCGAGACACAAGACGGCAGUCAUCUCAGGGGCUCUCGAUCCAGCUCGAACGCCAUGCCUGCGCCCGACCUCUUCAACGACCCGAAAUCCACCACCGCACCCGUUCAUCCGCGUGCGGCAGAUGCCUCUCAAAUUGCCGUGGAUCAGUCUCAGCGACAACAUGGCAUGCUGCGUUUUGUCUGCGAAGAUUCGCUGCAUGCCACCAAUCCCUCCGCGUUUUACGUGACGCUACGUUUGGUGAUUGAAGCCACUCGACAGCUGCGGCAUGCAUUUGAGCGGCGGCAAGCGCAGACGGCUCGGCCCUCGCCUUCCCCGUCUGGCUCUUCCUCCGCUGCUGCUGCUGCUAGUCAAAGCCAACCCCCCACACAACAACAACAACAACAACAACAGCAACAACAGCAACCGAAGCGACGACCUUCUCUCAUCAGUCGUCUCUCCUUGCAGGACGGCGGCGUUCCUGAUCAGCCCGACUUUAUUGCAAUGCUUUCCAGCAAUCCACUCGAGUCUCCAUUUGGCAGCAAGCAAAGUGCGGAAUUCGCGGUUGCUUCGCAGAUCGAACUUCAGACAUCCGCAGCACCAGCGGUCGACCAAUUGCCGCCGAGCUUAACGGCGCGCACUUCGAGCGAACUGGUUGUACAGAUUGAUCCAGCGUUGCUCGAGUGCAUUGGCUCGUUUUUCGUCGGUGAUCACGAAGUGGGGCUUGCUCUGUUUGAUCCGUCGAGUUUGACCCCGACGAACGCGACAUCGUCCUCUGUCGCAACAACGCCGGGCGUCGCAUCGUCGGGGCCUGCUACGCCUCUUGGUACCAGCUCUGCUUUCAGUGGCCCCGCAGGAUCCGACCCACGGUCUAUCAGUCUCGGGCAGCUCACGCUUGCUCCCGGUGCGGUCGUGCCCCCAAGCGGUGCACCUUCCGCUGCUCGUCGAUUGUGGGAAGCGGUCCCACGAGCGUUGAUUGGGCCAGGUUUGAACGCGCGGGGUGCCAUGCAAGUCGCUCGGCGCAGCCGGUUGGAAACGCUGGCUGCGCAUGCACAUCGCCAGCUGCAAGUCGAGCUGUUCUUGGGACUGCGUGUUCGAGAAUUGCUUCCGAGCGUGCUUCAAGCGCCGCUGCAUUGGGUUUCGCCUGCACCCCACAACUUUGCGCCGUACAUUGCUUCGGAUUCGACGAAUGGGGUAUCGGCACGGCACCAACAGCAGCUGCAACAGCAACAGCCACAACAGCCGCUACAGCCGCAGCAGCAACUGCUCUUCCCACAGUAUUCCAAGGGUCAGCCUGCUUUGCCACUUCUUUCGUCUUCGACGUCGUCUCUGAGUAGCACUGGUGGAGGGCACCCCGGAGUGGGCUCGUUCGGCGAUUCACCACCAGUUGGUAGCGGACUCGGAGCAAGCUCGGUUGCUGCUGUUGUCGCCACGCCGUCAUCAUGCUGCGUUGCCGUCUAUCCUGGCAAGCUGUACACUGUGGACGGGCUUGUCGCACCAGCAGACAUUGUGCUGCAACGGGGCGAAAAUCCAGUCCUCUAUGGCCCGCUCGGCGCUGAAACAAUUGAGCUGGACAUCUUUUUGAGUCAGCCGUGCCACCUGCGCGAGCUUUCCCUGAUUGUGAGGCAUGGCGUGUGCGACGUGACCUCGCCACAGUUCCUCUCGGUGAGCAUUGGCAUGUACCGGAAUGAACUCCAAGCCGCUCUCCAAAAUAUCGCCAUCCCUUGCUGCACGGACGGCACUGUUCUCACCUACGCCAUCCCUGUCGUGGGCUUUGGAGAGAAGGACUCCUCCCAACUCGUUCGGUUUGGCCGUGAUCGCGGCGACGAGCUGCUGACGAGGAUUGUUCGAGUGCGCCUGCAAGGUAUUCCGUCCAACACGCAGAUGACGUUUGGCGACAUUGCCUUGUACGGUCUGCUCCCGCAUCAAAUUGAACUCCAGCGGCUGCUCUUGGAGCAGCAGAGCGCUUCGGCCCUCACCGUCAGCAGCACAACAGACGUGCUCAACGAACUUUCGCUGCAUCACACCGCCCAGUCGGAAAAGGCCGCGCUGACCAAAGCCCCAAAGUCGCAGCAGCCUCCGGCGGCUUCGCAGCAGCAGCAGCGAUCGACCACCUCGCUUCCGUUUGCUUCCGCGACAGCCAUCGGAGCGUCGAGUCGAUCAACGGCAGCUGCGCCUGGCCGCGUUGGCAAGCAACGCAAGCCCUUGCAACACCAACAGCAAGGGAAGGCAGAGGCAGCCGUUGCAACCGCGCUGCUUCGUUCCUCGCUUUUUUCGCGCUACGCCUUUGCCAACUUGAACGCAAAGCUUGCCGAAGCCAAACUACUGGGCGUGGUUGGAUUUGUUGAUGCCUUCCCGAUGCUGUCUGCAUUUGCCUUUGCUGCCUCGGCGGCCUCUUCCGCGUCAGCUUCCGCCGCGCUUGCAGCGCAUGCUUCGUAUGGGCCAACGACCUUGAACGCAGCGUCUGCGGUCGGCCGACGGUCUUCCAAGUUGACAGGCCAACACGAUGCCUCGCUCGCGCCGCCGCCGGUGGGUUUGCAUCUCCAGCAUCACCUCAGCCAGCCGCGCAGAGCCAGCGGACAGUGGCCGACGUCGCUUUCAACAAGCUUCACUUCCAGCCAGCCAACGGACUUUGGUGGCCGCAGCUCCAUGUCGAGUUCGCAACUGUCAUCUCAACUUGCGCAUCCACAGCAGCAACAACACUAUCAUUCCCGAAUUCAGUCGCAGCAUGCUACCUCGUCCUCAAGUAUGGCUGGGUUUGCACUUGGUGCCACCACUGAUUCGAGGCAUGAGAGUGGCCCGCACUUGCUCAGCUCGUCCUAUGCUCCCUCGAGCUUGCUUCUUCAGCAGCAAUCGGGUCCAUCGUCGGCAGCAUCGACUGGCAGUCAUUUCCACCAGCAUGCCAAGGCCCUUGCGGGCAACGCUUUCAACUCGGCCAACCACCAGCUCGACGCGCCGCAAGUGCAUUCUCUGCCAGGCUCGUCGUUUUCAGCCGUUUCCUUUGGACGUGCCCUCACCUCCAUAUCCCGUCCGUCCUUUGCCCCUCCGUCUUCGAAAUCCGACAUUGGCGGAAUCACUGCCGCAUUUGUGAGCAGCGGGCCGAACUCGCCACGGAUUCGCAGUACUUCGCUGAUGCGCGCUCAAAGCCGCCUGCAGCAGGAGCAACUCAACGCUCUGGAGUGCUACAGCAAGGAGCUUCGCGAGCGCACGUCAAAGGUCAAGCGCGGUGGCUCUCUCACCUUGCUCGACGCGUUGGCGCUCGAGGUCCUGCGCCUGCAACUGGGCGUGAGCACGCAGCACCGCGACCGCUGCGCAAGCGCGCUUGGCUGGGCGCCUCAGCAGCUCAACCCGAAUCGCCUGAUUGUUCCGCGAGAUGUGCGUCUCAUCUUCCCGUUAACGGUGGCCGGCCCAAGCAGCAAGCUCAAGCAGCCAACCUGCGCUGCCUACAAUUGCCGAACGGUUCUGACCACAGAGACUGCGGCGCUGUGCCACCUCUGCUGCCGGCACUUUUGCGCGGCCGACAUGCACGAAAGCCCCGUCGAGCUGGUGGAAUUCGCGCUCGGCUCGCCCGUUCCAGUUUGCCAAGCGUGCCACAUUGUCGCAUCGAGACAGCUGUCCCUGGUUGACGAGCUCAUUGCUCUGGGCGAGCGUCCGCAUACAUUCAAGUCUUGGCAGCACGUCUUGUUCCAGAGGAAUGCCUUCUUGACGGAGUUGCAAAGCGCCUAUCCGUUUGUGCGCAACGCUCGGCUGCCGCAGGAGUUGUCGUUGCUCAGCCGGUCGGCCCAACCCCCGAUUUCCUCCCCGUCAGCCUCGGAGCCGCCAGGCGUUGGGGCGCUGAUGAUGGAGUCAUCGAGUCACCAUGCCGCCGCGUCGAUGAUGAUGCACCGCUCCCCACUGCCGCCGAUUCCUGGCUCGCCCGCGAUUUUGGGCACCUCGCCGAUGCUGUCUUCUGCGCUUAGUCCGAUGAAACUGGAAUCAGGUCGAAAGCCGGUGGUGCACGGAUCUACCGCCACGAUUGGUCUCGAGGACGAAGGCGAAUCGAGCGUCACUCCUCGUCCGGCUCCUCCUUUGGUGUCUGGAUUCACUCACUCGCUGCGCCGCGAUGCCUACAAGUCGCCAACCGCAAUGCCGAAGAUGGAAGAUGACGAUGACCUCGCCGACUACCAUGAGCUGGAAGCCGCUGGACCUUGCCGUUCUGUGGCCGAGUUUCCCAGCGCGGGCAUUUUGGAGGCUGUGGCCACGCAUGUCGAAUCGCCGCCGGUGGAAGUGAUUCUCGCACCACCCACCCUCCUGCCCGCCAACACCACGUGGUAUGCUCCUACGGGAGUGCGCACCGUCCAGUUGCGCAUCGUUCUCCCUCAGCUGACACAUGUGAGCGAGGUUUCACUCGUCGCUGACGCCUUGGGAUAUCGCAUUGGAGAUCUUCCUCAGGUCAAGCUGUCCUUUUGCACCCUGCUUCGUGGCGGCGACGCCGAGGAAGUGCGACUGCGUGGUGCUCUACCUCAAUUGAACGCUCCUCCUCGCAAGUCCCUCACAUCCGAGUCAAUGAGUGCCGUUGAGUUUGACCACCUGGAAGAGUUUGAUUGGAAUUUGCAGCAGGCCGCUGCUGACCGGAUGCGCUCUGGGCAUUCCGAAGAGACUGUCAGUCUGUCCGCUUUGCCCGUCGUCUUGCAAGGACUGGUACACAAGCCGCGGACGGAAUCUCUGGGGCGAGUGCACGAUAGCGAUCCGUCUGUGCUCGUUCAGCCGUAUUCGAUUCUCUCUUUCCGUCCGCCUGAUGCAUGCCUCUCGAGAUUGAUUAUUGUGCAACUCACCCUCCCCGCUCAGGCUGGUGGCGAAGCCCGGACCAGCGUACAGCAGCAAGCCAAGGAGUCAUUUACCGCCGGCGCGUCGACUACUCUCCAGGAGUGGACCUCGACUGUUCAGCCGCCGCCCGCCGCAUCGAGAGCUGCGUCCACGGAAACGUCCAAGCGCCGCACUGCCCGAACACUGGUGUUUGGUGAAGACCCUUCUGCUCCGCAGGCGACUGGCAAGCCCCAGAGCGCGGACAGUAGUUUGCCGCUUCCCAUUCCAUCUGCUACUGGAGCAACAGCAACAGCAACAGCAACCGCCGAAUCUGUCGAUGCUCAGCCGCAAGAGCACACGGAGCACACGGCGCUGUUGGACCCAACGGCCUUUUUGCACAUCGGUCGUAUUCGUGUGCGCGGCAGGCCAUGCCCAGUGUUGCGUUCAACGAGGCUUGCAGCUGGCACCGGACACUUGUCGACCCCAACCAACAGCAACAAUAACAACACCAUCAACGCCAUCACCACCACCACCACCACCACCGCCAACUACAUCCAACAACAACAGUCACCAGCUUCCGCGUCGCCGUUGGGCGGGUCCCAGACCCCAACUGGCUCGCCGUUCGUCUCGCCCAUUCGAUGGUCGUCACCAUCGCCCGCUUCUGCCGCAGUCCAACCACCCAUGCCUCCGACACCAAGUCUCAGUCGCAUGCUGCCCGAGCCGCUGCCCGUCACGCGUGCCUUCAUCAAACCGCUCUUUGUCAACACGCGCAGCAACGGCCGGUUUAUCGACGUGGGCAUCGACCAGCAGUUCAUCCACGGCUUCUGCAUCAUGGUCAAGCACCACGACGGCGACCCAGAGUCGCAAGUUCGCACGUUCCGUGCAUCCUUGUUCAAAACGACCUCCCGCAUCACCGAGCUGAUUGACGUGCGUGUUCUCGACACGUUCAUUCUGCCCAAGGUUGCGAGCGGCACGCAGCUGUUCUUUGACUAUGCUGCCAACAAUGCAACCGGGAACGUCUUUUGCAUCGAGCUUCUCGACACGUACGGUUCUUUGGAGAUGUGUCUGGGGCUGAAGGUUCAAGUUUAUUAGAGCGAUCAAUUGUUUUUGUGUUUCAUUUUAUUGUUAAUUUUAAAGGGUUUCAUUGUCA